AUGGAUUUCCUCAAGAAGAAGAUGAAGGAGUUGAUGGACGAUGAUGACAAGCCCAAGGAGAAGUCCUCUGACAAGCCCUCUGAAUCGCAUGGCGAUAGCACUGGACAUGAUACGCGGGCCGCCGACCCUCAUGCUGGUGGAUACCCGCCCCAGCAACACCAGCAAUAUCCCCAGCAAGGCUAUCCUCCUCAGCAGGGCGGCUACCCGCAACAGCACCCUCAACAGGGUGGUUAUCCUCCGCAACAGGGCGGUUAUCCUCAGCAAGGCUACCCGCAACAACAGCCCUAUGGCCAGCAAGGUUAUGGCUCCCCUGCACCCCAGGGCCCACCUGCUCCUUACGGCGCGCCUCCACCAAUGCCCCCGGGCUGGGUCGCUCAGUUCGACCAGAACAGCCAGAAAUGGUACUAUAUAGACCAAGCCACCGGUCGUAGCCAGUGGGAGCCUCCAGCACAUGCACCUCCAGCCCAAGGGCCAUACGCGCCACCUCCCAGCGGACCUCCAGGUGCGCCAUACGGCUCCGGAGCUCACGACGAGCGCGCUCUCUUCGGCGCCUCGCACGACCAAAGUCACGGAGGCUACCCGUCUGGCCAUGGCGACCCGUACGCCCCGGGCGGAGGCCAUGGCGAUCCUUAUGGCGAGAAGGGCAAGGAUAAGGACAAGAAGAAAGACAAGGGCCACUCGACCGCCAUGUUGGCAGCCGCUGGUGUCGGAGGUAUCGCAGCAGGCGCCUGGAUCGGCCACGAGCUCACCGAGAACUCCGACGACGAGACCAAAGUCGUACAAAAUAACUACUACGGCGCUGCCCCUGCCGCCGCAGCCGCACCCGUUGCCGCUGCGCCCGUUGCCGCACCCCCCGCCGAGCCGCCCGCAUUCCAGGAGCCCCCACCCGUCCCCACCCAUGAUGCGGACGGCGACUCCAUCUCCAGCAGCGACCGCGAGUCGCUCGAGGAGAAGCGCCAGGAGCUCAUCGAGGCGCAAGAGGAGUAUGCAGAGGAGCUCGAGGAGGCGUAUGACGACUGA